CCGAUCCUGCGCAACGGCAACCCAGUCGAUCUGGAGACAUGCUGGGGCGAGUCGCUGGCAUCCAGCGUCUUUGACGAUCUCGACACCACGCAGUCUGGUCAGCUGUGGCGGCAGUCGCUCCAUGCGCAUCCUCUCUCGAUUGCUGACGAAGCAGCCUACUGGCGACAGCACGGGCUCCGAUUCUACGAAACGCAGUGGCAAAACUUCAAGUCGCUCGGCGUCAUCGAAACGUACUCGGUGGUCAACGCACUGGGCUUUGCCUACCCGUUGACGAUCAAGUCGUCGAAUGGGUCGCUGCACACAACGCAGCAGACGUCGUUCAAGAUGCAGUGGCCGCUCGCGAGUCUCCUGUGGGCCAUUUCUGCCAACAGCAGUGGUCUCUCUGGCAGCAGUCUCGUGCGGCAGAGUCCCCGCUUCGCGUUUGCCAAUCAAACGAUCGCAUCGAUCUUGGCCAGGAACGGGUCCUUGAGUGUGCCGCUCGAUAUCUCCUUCCGCAUUGUGGAGCGUACGCUGGGGCCGUUUGGUGCGAUUGCAAUGCGCCGCGUGGCCUUUCCACCGGUCUUGGUCCAGUGGAGUCGCUUCUUGACAGCUCGUUUCAGUGCGGAUAUGGUGCAUGCCAGCGCCGAGGCUGCCUUUGCCUUUGAGACCAUUGGCGGCGGCCUCAUCGACUUGGCCAUGGCGCCAUUGGCAUGGGGCGUAAAUGGGUUUGUCGGCGGGGACCUUCUCUGUCCGACGCAACCGCCGUCGCAACGCAUAGGCAUGUUUUACACCAAUCAAGGCGCUUGCUCGGUCAACAUGGAGGAGACGCUGAGCGUCGAUGCCGUCAUGGGCAGCCUCGCGCUGCUGGCGGUCGGUCCGAGCGUCAACAUCACGCGCACGUGCGUCGAGAUGGCGCCAUGCCGUACGUUUUUGGAGUCGAUCACUGUCUUCCUGCACGUGCGCUAUACGCUUUCGGAACGCAUCGCGAUGGCCAAUGCGUCGAGAGUCAUAGCAGACUACUUCACCAACGAGCUGCCACUCGUGCUUCUCCAGUACGUUCAAAACAACAACGAGACGACGACGCUCCUCGCGCAGUCGUUGCUACUCGACCCCAAUGACGUCGGGUUUCAUGUGUAUGGGUACCUCUACCUCCUCGAGUGGCUCCAUGGGGUGCGUGAAGUCGUCACCUUUCACGGUGUCCAUGGAAAUAUCACAUCGCUCUCAGGCCGCAACGCCGUGCACAAAGGACCUAUCAACCCGCUCGAGCUGCCCAUCAAUGUCGCCUACUACGCCCGCUGUGUGCUUUUGUACGUCUCGGGCGUCCUCUUCCUCGUUGUGUCGCUAGCCUGUGGCUACAUCAUCGGUAGCCGCGGCCACAUUGAAGGCCGGAACAUGUUUGUCGUCAACCGUGUCACGGGCCUCGUCUGGAUCGGCCGCCCGCUCAUCUUUCUGCGCAGCACCACGGCCAUCUGCCUUUUGUCCACCGCCAAACUCGACCUGGCGCAAGCCAAUGGCUUCUUCUACAUGGUCGCGAUACCGCAGUCGUGGUUCUCAACGAUCAUGGCGGCUGGCGAAACGACGUGGCUUGUCUUCAUCCUCAACGAUACCUUUUCCGUGUGGACGCAGCAGUAUACGCCUUUGUACGCGACGCCAAGCAGCGUGCUGGUUUGGGCAGCGUCCGCCAUCUGGUCGCUACUGUCACCAGUGAAGCACUCGGCGCGCUUGCAGCGAAAGUGCUCUGUGCCAAUUGUGGACAUGCAGCUCGUUUGCGACAGCGGUGUCGUUCGCAUUGGAGACCCAACCCGCGUCACCGGCCUCGUCGGGCUCACGCUCUCGCUCCUCGUGGGCACAUACUUGCUCCAGCGAGUGCGCUACCACGGUCGAGAGGAAAGUGGGCUACGGUCGCAUCUCUUGUACGUCACGGCGUACCACCACUUUGCGCAAGACGGCUGGUUACUCGACGGCGUGUACUACAUUGAUCGCGUUUCCGCCGCGAUCAAUGGCGUCCUCACGCUGCGCCUGCCGCGGACGCGCAAGACCGUGCUGCUGGAUAUCAAGACGUGGCGACUCUUUCAUGUGGACGCACUUAUUGCCUCGGAGAACACGCCGCACCUCAGUUAUGCCAUCCCACUGCAGUAA